GGUUUCCUCCGACUUGGUUUGGUUCAGUUGGCUACGGGAGCUCGCCUGAUUCACGUCGCGUAUUCGGCGCAAAUAACUGUAAAGCUACUAUUAUUAUCGAAUAUUUGCGCGCCUUUGCGUACGAGUUCCAGAAUUUCAUAUUUGGCUACGUUAUAUAUUUGGUACAACCAGAAGUAAAUUGCCUGGGUGUGAAACUAAAGCUCGGGAGUUCGGAAAACUUAACUAAUCUAAGUAGCUAGAAGACAAACAGUUGCUGUUAAACCAAAACCGCGAGCAUGUCGCAACAGUGGCUCUCAAACUGUGCUAGGCUUCUGGUUUUCCUGGCGGGGAUUGCGCUCUUUGCCACUCACUUGGCAAACGCUUCCAGCCAGAUCGACGUGGAUGCGGAUCUGAAGCACUUGCUGGGUCGUUGCCACUGGGCGGACGAGGAUUUCAACGAGUGCAUGCGGCAGGUGUUCAACGACCUGAGGGCCUACUUCACAACAGGUGUGCCCGACUACAACAUCAAGCCCUUUGACCCGCACCACUGUAGCUACGUUGAGCUGCGACGAGGUGAAUCACAGGGUCUGGGCAGCUUUCGUCUGAUAUUGCGCAAUGUAUCCGAGUACGGAUGGGCGCGAUCCGAGGUAACCAAGUUCCAUGCCGAUCCAGAGGACCAACGCAUCGUCUACACUCAGUAUUUCCCCGAAAAAAGUCUGGAGGGCGAGUACGAGUUCGCCGCCAAAAUGCUGGGCACUGAGAUGAACAGAAAAGGUCACUGGAACCUCACCCUCUACGAUUACAGUCAAACCACCAGCGUUCGGCGCAUCGGCGGUCCGGGUUCGCUCAUCAAGGUCCAUGUGGAGGUGGACCGCAUCGGCGGAAUGGAGCUGCACAUUGAGAACUUGCUGCAGGGACAGCCCCUCAACCAACUGGCCGAUGGAGUCAUCAACAGCAUGUGGCAGCUGGGAUUGCCGUUCAUCAAGCCGAUGAUUAACGAGCUGGUUAGCACGGCAUUUACGGAUAUAUUCAACGAGUCCUUUCGGCACUUUCCGCUCGAGAAGUUCCUUGCCACGUGACCUCAUCUAGUUAACCAUACGUCUGUAUCUCUUUUGUAGUAUUUUUAAUGGAACUUAUAACAAAGGCUAGUUAAUUAAACACUUAGACCACAUCCGCCAAA